AUGGAGGAUCCCAUCCAGCUGAAAGAAGAGGGCAAUAAAUACUUUCAGGCCAAUGACUACGAGAAAGCUGUUCAAAGCUACACUCAGGCCAUCAAGCUGAACAAGGACAAGGCGCUGCAGGCAGUGCUGUACAGGAACAGGGCAGCGUGUUUCCUCAAAAAGGAGGAAUAUGCCAAGGCAGCCUCAGAUGCAUCUAGAGCUAUUGACAUCAAUGCUUCGGAUAUCAAAGCCUUGUACCGGCGCAGCCAAGCUCUGGAAAAAUUGGGCAAAUUGGACCAAGCGUUCAAAGAUGCUCAGAAAUGUGCCACCAUCGAACCCCGCAACAAAAACUUCCAGGAAACCCUGAGGCGACUGGGCACCAACAUCCAGGAGAAGCUGCGCAUUCAGUUCUCCACGGACUCGAGGGUGCAGAAGAUGUUUGAAAUCCUGCUGGAUGAGAACAGCGAGAAAGAAAAGCGAGAAAAGGCUGCAAACAACCUCAUAGUCCUGGGGCGGGAGGAGGCAGGUGCUGAGAGGAUCUUCCAGAACAACGGGGUCAGCUUGCUGCUGCAGCUGAUAGAAACCAAAAACGCGGAGCUGAUCCUGGCAGCCGUGAGGACGCUUUCCGGCAUGUGCACAGGACAUAAAGCUCGGGCCACCGCCAUCCUCCAUUGCCUGGGCAUCGACAACAUCUGUACGUGGAUGUCUGUAGACAAUGAAGAAAUCUCCCUGGCUGUCUGCAACCUCCUGCAGACCAUCACUGACUGCUUGCUGGGCCAGGGGAAAGAGGAGCAGCACGGGAAGGAGGAGGCCGUAGUGCUAGAUACUAAAAAGGAUUUGAGGAUGAUCACAAUGCAUUUGCUGGAUAUGCUGGUCAGUAAGAAAGUAUCUGGGCAAGGGCGAGACGGAGCUCUCAACCUCCUCAACAAGAAUAUACCAAGGAAGGACCUGAAAGACCAUGACAACAGCAGGACUAUCUUUGUCAUCGACAACGGCUUAAAAAAGAUACUGAAAGUGGUGGGUCAGAUUCCUGAAAUGCCUGACUGCCUGCCGCUGACAGAGAACACCCAGCUGACGGCCUCCGUCCUCCUAAAUAAACUCUAUGAUGACCUGCGCUGCGACCCAGAGCGUGACAACUACCGGGUGAUCUGCGAGGAGUACAUCAAGAGCAAAAUCGACCCACAGGACAUGGAUAAGACCCUCCAUGCCAUCCAGAUAGUGUCUGGAGUUCUGCAAGGGCCCUUUGACUUAGGCAACAAGCUGCUUGGCAUGAAGGGAGUCAUGGAGAUGAUGGUUGCCCUGUGUGGGUCCGAGAGAGAGAUUGACCAGCUGGUGGCUGUGGAAGCCCUCAUCCAUGCCUCCACCAAGCUGAGCCGGGCCACCUUCAUCAUCUCCAAUGGGGUGACGCUCCUGAAGGAGAUCUACAAGAAGACGAAGAAUGAGAAGAUCAAGAUCCGAGCCCUGGUGGGUCUCUGCAAGCUGGGCUCAGCAGGAGGUACAGAUUAUGGAUUGCGGCAGUUUGCUGAGGGGUCCACUGAGAAGUUAGCCAGGCAGUGCCGAAAAUGGUUGUGCAACACCAGCAUUGAUGCCCGCACCAGGAAGUGGGCUGUGGAAGGGCUGGCCUAUCUAACCUUCGAUGCGGAUGUGAAAGAUGACUUUGUUGAAGAUGAGCCAGCCCUGCAAGCUAUGUUUGAAUUAGCCAAGACAAGCGACAAGACUAUCUUGUAUUCUGUGGCUUCUGCACUGGUGAACUGUACCAACAGCUAUGAUACCAAGGAGCUGGUCCCAGAACUGGUACAACUGGCAAAAUUCUCCAAGCAGCACGUGCCUGAGGAGCAUCCGAAGGACAAGAAGGAUUUUGUGGUGAAGCGGGUGAAACGGUUGCUGAAAGCCGGCGUCGUCUCUGCCUUGGCCUGCAUGGUGAAGGUGGACAGUGCCAUACUGACAGACCAGAGCAAGGAGCUCAUCGCCAGGGUGUUCCUUGCCUUGUGUGAAGACCCCAAGGACCGUGGGACCAUUGUUGCUCAAGGCGGUGGAAAGGCCCUGAUACCUCUGGCCAUGGAAGGCACAGAAGUUGGUAAGAUAAAGGCUUCUCACGCUCUGGCAAAAAUUGCUGCAAUCUCCAAUCCAGACAUGGCAUUCCCAGGGGAGAGGGUGUACGAGGUGGUGAGGCCCCUUGUCAGCCUGCUGAAUACUGAGAGAGAUGGCCUCCAGAAUUAUGAGGCUCUGUUAGGUCUCACUAACUUUUCAGGAAGAAGUGAUAAACUUAGGAUGAAGAUAGUCAAAGAGAGGGCCCUGCCAGAUAUUGAAAACUAUAUGUUUGAGAAUCACGACCAACUUCGACAGGCAGCCACAGAGUGCAUGUGCAACCUGGUGGUCAACAAGGAGGUAACUCAUUGGUUUGUGGCUGAUGGAAAUGACCGGCUGAAGUUGGUGGUGUUGCUGUGUGGUGAGGACGAUGAGAAAGUCCAGGUUGCAGCGGCCGGAGCUCUGGCCAUGCUUACAGCGGCACAAAAGAAACUCUGCUCUAAGAUGACUGAAGUGACCACCCAGUGGCUUGAAAUCCUGCAGAGGCUCUGCUUGCAUGAUAACAUGGAAGUGCAGCACCGAGGACUCGUCAUUGCCUUCAACUUGAUCAAUGCUGACAAAGAGCUAGCGAAGAAGCUGGUGGAGACCGAGCUCCUAGAGAUCCUGACGUACAUCGGCAAGAAAGAAGAUGACCCCAAGCAGCAGCACAUCAUUAAUGCAGCGCGUGAUUGCCUCACAAGGUGCAUGGAUUAUGGGCUGAUCAAACCUCUCUCUCGGGCAUGA